GUCUGGGGCAGAAGGAGGAGGAGGAGGACGGAGCCAUUCAUUCCUUCUGUGGAGAGAAAAACGUGGAGAGGAUGACGGAGAGACACUGAGGAAGCCAAAUAAAUAAAUAGAAUAAAACAAAGUCAGGAUCAAAUCAGAGAAAACUUAACCUGCACAAGAAGAGAAGACACAAGAAGAGCCUCAAACUCUGUGGAUUUCAGAGGCGUCGCUCUCAGAAAUCGCACAGCCAGCAGUUACACGGUUAGAGAGGACUCUCUUACAUCAUUUGGAUUUGACUGAAGAUUGCUCCGCCGCGAGAUUCCACACAAGAGGUGUGUCUGAUGUGACGCCAGCGGGCUGGCUCAGGGAACACAACUUCAAAACAAUGUAGACACCAAAAACCAGACAGAAUAAGAGUCUGAAGACCGAGCCGACAGAAAGGAGGGUGAGUUCGAGGAGGAAGAACAGCUGUGCAGAAGAUAAGAAGUGAAAGAAGCAGAGAGAAAAAGAGGGAAGCAGCAGACUGUGAAUCAUUAACUUGAACCUUUUGUGUACAGCAGUGUCACCGACUGCUUCCAGUGAAGUGUUCACUCACUCUCACAUCUCCGCCGGAGAAGGAUCAGCUCUCGGUCUUCUGAGGGCCUCCGACCCACAAUCCACCUUGUGUGUUGAAAUCUGAACAGAGGGAGACUCCAGCCGGCGUCAGCAUGUGCCAUGUCAUUGUCACCUGCCGCUCCAUGCUGUGGACUCUGCUGAGCAUUGUGGCCGCGUUCGGAGAGCUCAUCGCCUUCAUGAGCACUGACUGGCUGGUGGGAUUCCCCCGCACCCCGGAUGCCGUCUUCGGCCCCCAUGGGGCCACCACAGCCGGAGAGGCCUACAGGCCUACUUUAGGCAUCUACGGCCGCUGUAUAAAACUGCCCCACAUGCAGCGUGGAAUACUGUGCGGACCGUACGCCAUACACUUUGGGGAGAUUGCCAGCGGGUUCUGGCAGGCGACUUCUAUCUUCCUGGCGGCAGGGAUCCUGCUGCUGUGUGCCGUGGCGUUCAUCUCGGUCUUCACCAUGUGUUUCCAAAGCAUCAUGAAGAAGAGCAUCUUCAACGUGUGUGGACUGCUGCAAGGGAUCGCAGGUCUGUUUCUGAUCCUGGGUCUGAUGUUGUACCCUGCUGGCUGGGGUUCAGACAAGGUCCAGCUGUACUGCGGUCCCGACGCGGCUCCGUACCGGGCUGGGGCCUGCUCCAUGGGCUGGGCCUUCUACACUGCCAUGGGCGGCACCGUGCUCACCUUCGUCUGCGCCGUCUUCUCCGCGCAGGCCGAGAUCGCCACCUCCAGCGACAAGGUCCAGGAGGAGAUCGAGGAGGGGAAAAGCCUCAUCUGCCUCCUCUGAGGCCCAGAUACUUUUAUAGAAGGAGGAGGAGGAGGAGGAGGACGAGGGAGAAACAGGCCAAUAACAAUCAACACCUGCCUCUUUCUGCCUUUGCUCAUGAGGCCGGUCUGUGAAAAUGGAGGCCCCUGCAUUGUUUACCACUAAAACUGACUCUCUUUUUGUCUCUGUUUGUGUUUAUGUGGGAGAAAUCUACAAGUGCCAAGUUUUUUUCUCAGUGUCUUUGUCUCUCUGCCACUAGAGGUGCUGUGUAUGUCUAUCGUAUUCAUGUUAACCAUGUGGAACGCCACCGGAGGAGGCGCUGUCUGUCGCCACAUGCCCUUGUAAAUAAGUGUGAUUAUAUAUAUUUUGUACAUAUCGCAGAAUGAUUGGUCAGCUUGAUCCAGGCUGGGCUGAUGAUGUCACUCUUGCCUUAAACUACACUGGUGUUUUUUUUUUUUGUCACCGGAAAAAAACCACGACCAGCGAACCUGGAUCUGUUAACUGUUUGCCACGUGUGAGUAUUAACUCAACAAGGGAACCACUACUCAGUCAGAAUAAACUACUCACAGGAUCAGAGUGGAUGUCCUUUUUUUUUUUUAAAGCUUACAGAAUGUACUGUUAUUUGAGUGAUUAAUUGUGUUUGCAGACCCUUGAAAUGUAUCGAUGGGAGUUUAUUAUCCACACAGACUGCACGAGGACAAGCAAAGGAAGCUCUGUGGCGCAUUUUCUUUGUCGUGUGUGUGUUUUUAUUUUGUAUUUUCUUGCGAAAAGCCGUGAAAUGAAGUGAGCUUUAAAUCCUAGCCUAAGCUGAAAGAUGACCUGUGAAGGGGUCUGCGUCUGGUCCUCGUUCAUCCUGUAAUCUGUGCACGAAGACAUGGACUGAAUGAUGAGGACACACACACACACACACACACACAAUGAAGUAUUGCUGUCAUUAGUAAUGUCUGGUUUCAGGGAGUCUGUCGAGUCAUGGAUAGUGUCCUAUCUGUUCCCAUUUGUUUCUGCCAAACGAAUAAAGAGAAGGGAAAAAA